CCACACGUGUUCCGUAUUUACGUUGGAAACGAUGCGUUUUUUCACGAAGAAGAUUUUUCUGUUGUCAAAAUCAUUCCAAACUCAACUUCGCGUGACACCGCAAUUCACACGACCAGGUCCAUUUCUUCUCAAAUUUUCACAUUUGCCUCGGAAUUAGCUAAGUACCCAUUGCAUUUAGAUUCAAGAGAGUAGAGACUAAAGUCAAGAAAAAAUGCAUAGUGCUGCAGACUGCUAGGUCUAUAUUGUAAACUUACUUGUUAGUUUCUGGACGACAACAAUGAAUCAGCAGCAUGGACGAGACGCUUUACAGCUACAAGCAGCGGCUCGACAGCAUGAGCAACUUCAUGUUGCGGGCCCUGCUGGAGGGGUUGAGUAUGCAGCCGGGCCGCACGCGCCGCGCCAUGAUCCAGCAACUGAUCCAGGUGAAGCGGCAGAGUGCCAAGCAAGAAAACCAAAACCAGGAAGAGGAAGGCAAAACAUUAUCACACGAAGUAAAGAAUGGGGCUACAACCAGUUCCGGUGCCGCCGCUUCCUCAAGCACUAGAAAAAAUGCAUCAACCGGGAAUGGGACCGCCGCGUCUUCGUCAAGCACCACGAGGAAACCAGGGAAAGCAGCAGGAAUUCAGCACAAGAGCACUGCCGUAGGGAACACGAGGAGCAAAACGAAAGACGAUGAUCCAGCAGCGGCGGCCCGUUUUUUUCUCGAGUAUUGCGACCCGUUUUGUCCCGUAGAGGAAGUGGUACAAUUCCAAGAGUUGCGGUUCCACAGACAGGCCGAGACGACGACACCCCGAGCUUGCCGGAUUUCGUUCUUCUCCACCGAGACGGAGUUUGUGCACAUACGAUGUUGCCGCGUAGAGGGUGGAGCUGGUACUGACGUGAUCAAAAAUCGACCGCGUUUUGCGUGGCCGGCGAAUGACGUGGAGAUCGAGGUGGUGUCGCACAACAAAAUGAGGAAUCCUCGGCAUUUCAAGAACGGACUUGCCAGUUCGAGUGGAAGCAACAGCGAGCCCGAAAUAGAUGACGAAAAUGACAGACAAGAAGAGCUCGUGAUCGACGCGAGCGCGACUGCGAAUCCACUUGAAGUCGCAGUUGUCGUGCCAGAGCAAAAUGGUGUCGCGCCAGAAGCGGGAGAUGACCACUACGCCGUCGCAGAUGCCGUUCUGAGCACAGACCGCCUCUCUGUACGUGCUGCGGGUCGACCGAAGGCAACAAGCUUUUCUCUCGCUUUGAACGUGCGGGAACCAUUCUUCGACGACCAGGCCAGCUACUUCGUGAUGGUCUGUCGCGGUUCGCGAGACAACAACGUCGACGCUAUUGUGAAUUCGAUGCUGUCUGCGAGGCGGCUCUGUGUGGUCUCCGAAGAACAUGUGCCAGGUACUAGUGGGAAUAAACGAGUUCAUCCUGAAAGUGGUAAAAGCUACACCCCGCGGAAUGGUAACAAAAAAGUAAAGUCUGGGGCAGCAUCGUCGCUGGCUUCAUCAGGCGGGCCCUCGUCGCGACGCAAAAAGCGCGAGAGCACGGAUAGCGUGAUUCUGAUCCAGGAUGAGGAUGCAGAUGUGUGCCCCUUAUCGUUGAGCGAAAUCCAAGUCGCCGCCGUCGGGUCCAGGUGUCAGCACCGGUUUGACCUGAAAUCGUUCCUGCAAUAUUCCCAAGCAAAGACUAUUUUGCGUCGAUUCUGCUGUCCCGUCUGUGACGACUUCCUUUUCUGCCCACGCUCGCAAGCGUAUUGGGACGGAAAUACGACUUUGAGUACAGCUUGGAGUCAUGUCAAAGUUCUUUAAAUGCGCAGUCGCAGGAGUCCUCAAAAUUAAUGAUUUGCAACAAGCAAGAAGCAUCGCAU